AUGGCCUUUUCUUCUCCUUUGUUUUGUAACUUUGGCGUGUGUUUGGCAGAUCCCAAAAACAACAAACUAAACACUAUAGAAGCUCCAGUUUCAACAGGUAUUCCUGUUCAUUAUUCUUCAUCUCAGCCAAACAUCGUACACAGACAAUUCAAGAAUUCUGAUGAGAUUAAUGGUGAUAAUGAUCAUUUAGAUGGAACACUGAAGAAGCUUAAUCACAAUGCAAGUGAACGUGAUCGGAGAAAAAAAUUUAAUAGCUUGUGUUCUUCUCUUCGUUCUUUGCUUCCACCUACUGAUCAUACGAAAAAAAUAAGCUUUCCAGUCACAGUAGCAAGAGUGAUAAAGUACAUACCAGAUUUAAAGAAAGAAGUGGAAAGACUGACACAGAAGAAAGAAGAUCUCACAUUAAGAUCCAUCCCUAAGAAAGAAUAUUCUGCUGAUUUUAAUAAGCAAACAAUAAUUAAAGGAGGAAUUCAGAGUUCUUUAUCAGUUAUCUCUGCAAAUCAAGUGGGAAAUGGAGAAGUCAUUAUUCAUAUAUCUAUUUUGAAGACCAAUAAGAGUUCGUUUGCUGAAGCUGUAUCAGAAUUAGAGGAGGAAGGACUUCUUCUACUAAAUUCAUCUUCUUUUGAAACUUUGGGAGAUAGAGUUUUCUACAAUUUGCAUUUUCAGGCACAAGGAACUUUACCAAUUAAAGUUCAAAUAUUAAGAGACAAGCUCUUAUCGUAUUAUGAGAAGGAAGACAAGUUAUUACCACCUUGGAUUUCUGGCUCCUUUAUUACUUAG